AUGGAAAGGUUAAAAAAAGUAUGUGAAGGAAAGACCCGAUGCUGUGGAACAGCAAAUACAAAACUACUUGGCAAUAGUACCUGCCCUGAAAAUGAUUCCCAGAAAUUAAGAGUGACUUAUGAGUGUAUCAGGAUUGAUGCUGAAAGCAUUUUUGAGAAACAAAAGGAAGACGAUAAAUGUCACAAGAUUCGUUUCAAAGUUUCUUCAUCAUUUGGAGAGAUCACAUCAGAAACAGUGCAGAAGAUGGAUAAAAAUUUGAUUCUCAUGAUUGGAGAUUCACUUCCUCGUAUUAAACAGAUAAGUCUGGAAACAUAUGAUGGAAUUGUUGAAUAUAUGAAAGAUAUUCCCAGCUUGGAAAUUGUUUCUAACAGUACAAAAAAACGAACUGGUUCAUAUGCCAGUUCUUCUGAUGGACUCACUGAUUUAAUCAGUCGAACCAAAAGCAAAUAUGAAGCAAUUACAUGGUAUAAUAAUUUUAUUAAAAAUAAGCAGAUUAUUAAUGAUGCUCAUAUUGACAUUGAGUUCCUUGCUGAAGUCAUGACUGAAACAGGUGUAUAUGUGAAGUCUUUGGAAUCUUUCUUUUUUGAUAAAGUAAAGGAGGUUAUUCAAGAGGUUGAUAUCUCAAUACUGAGAUUUCCUGAUAUUGAGAAUCCAUAUUUCCUGGUAUAUCAUAUCAAAAUCAUGGCUUGGAGAGUGAGUGAGCGUUUAUUGAUGUAUGAACAGACAGCAGGUGGUUUACAAGGUUUGUUCCAAAGCAUAAAAUUCAAGCCAAACACAAAGUAUCUCUCUUCACUUGAACCUGAUAUCAUUAAAUCAGCCAAAGAAGAAGCAGAAAAAAUCUUUGACUAA